AUGGCUCUGGAAAGUCAGACAGAUGGCCUGCCUGCUGAGCAGCGCAGAGGUUCUGGUUCCGGUUCGUUGAGCUCGAUGAACACAGAGAUAAGGCAUGGUUUUGAAGUGGAUAAACAGUAUAUGGAAUUACUGGCAAAUAACUUCUUUCUGUAUUUUGACGACAAGAGACAUCAUACAAAUGGGAAUCCAAUUACCCAGGAGGAGAAACAACAAAAAUUUGAUUAUUAUCAACCAAUUCCUGAUUGGAAAAUCAUGAAGGAUCGUCAAAAAACUGUUAGUGCUGCUAUAAUUUUAUGUUUAAAUCUUGGUGUUGAUCCUCCAGAUGUUAUCAAGACUCAUCCUUGUGCUAAAACUGAAGCUUGGAUUGAUCCUGCUACUUAUAAUGAUACUAAGAAGGCAAUUGAAGCUAUGGGGAAGAAUUUACAAAGUCAAUAUGAAACGUUAUCAUUAAGAACAAGGUAUAAACAAUCAUUAGACCCUUGUGUCGAGGAUGUUAAAAGAUUUUGUAAUUCAUUAAGAAGAAAUGCAAGAGAUGAACGUAUAUUAUUCCAUUAUAAUGGGCAUGGUGUUCCUCAACCUACUCAAAGUGGUGAAAUUUGGGUUUUCAAUAGAGGUUAUACUCAAUAUAUCCCAGUAUCUUUAUAUGAUUUACAAACUUGGUUAGGUGCUCCAUGUAUUUAUGUUUAUGAUUGUAAUAGUGCAGGCAAUAUAGUGACGAAUUUUAAGAAAUUUGUUCAAAAAAGAAUUGAUGAUGAUAAUGAAGGUAUACAUGAUAAUCAAGCACCAUCACCAACAUCGGCUUAUAUUGAUUGUAUCCAAUUAGCUGCUUGUCGAUCAAAUGAAUUAUUACCAAUGGAUCCUGAUUUACCUGCAGAUUUAUUCACUUGUUGUUUAACAUGUCCAAUUGAAAUUAGUAUAAAAUGGUUUAUUAUGCAAUCUCCUAUUAAAAAAUCUUAUUAUGGACCUUUAUUAGAUGUUGCUAAAAACAGUCCAAAUGGUAAUAUAAUUAUCCCAGGGAAGUUGACUGAUCGUCGUACUCCAUUAGGUGAAUUAAAUUGGAUCUUUACUGCCAUAACAGAUACUAUUGCGUGGACUUCAUUACCAAGACCUUUAUUUAAAAGAUUAUUUAGACAAGAUCUGAUGGUUGCUGCAUUAUUUAGAAAUUUCUUAUUAGCUAAGAGAAUUAUGCCUUCAUAUUCAUGUCAUCCAAUUUCUGAUCCACCUUUACCAGAAAUUCAAAAUCAUUCAAUGUGGGAAUCUUGGGAUUUAGCAAUCGAUCAAGUUUUAACUCAAUUAUUGAAAAAUUUAAAUAAUGAACCUUCUUCAUUAUUACCAACUCAAACAUUAUCACCACAAUCAUCAACUGCAAGUUUAAAUACUGCAACAACUGCAAUCACAAAUAAUCAUAACAACUUAAUGAAUGGAAAUGGUGUACCACCACAAUCACAACAACAGCAACAAGGUCAAACCUCUACAACAUUAGCAUCAGUGGCUAACCCAUUACCACCAACUACCGCUGGAACAAGUACAGUUAAUGGCGUCAAUACUACAGCUGCUGCUAAUAUGUCUGCAUCUGUUGCUACUGGGAAAAGUCUGAGUAAUUAUCAACAUUCAACUUUCUUUGAACAACAUUUAACUGCAUUUGAACUUUGGUUAAAAUAUGGAUCAUCAACAAGACAACCUCCAGAACAAUUACCUAUAGUUUUACAAGUCUUACUGUCUCAAGUUCAUCGUGUUAGAGCACUGGUGUUAUUAUCAAGAUUUCUGGAUUUAGGACCUUGGGCUGUAUAUCUGGCUUUAUCAAUUGGUAUUUUCCCUUAUGUUUUAAAAUUAUUACAAAGUCCUGCAUCAGAUUUAAAACCUGUACUAGUUUUCAUUUGGGCAAGAAUAAUGGCUGUUGAUUAUAAAAAUACUCAACAAGAACUGCUGAAAGAUAAAGGUUUCAAUUAUUUUUUACAAAUGUUGAAUCCAAAGGAUAAUUCUGGUAAUACAACAAAUAAUGAUCAUAAAGCUUUAUGUGCACUGAUUUUAAGUCUGUUUGUUAAAGGUUUUAAAAAUGGUCAAAAAUUAUGUUUUAGUCCUCAAUUAGUUAAUAAAUUAUUGAAUUAUAUUGAAGAAUCUGAUAAUCCAUUAUUACGUCAAUGGUGUGUUUUAUUAAUUUCUCAAUUAUGGGAUCAAAAUUUUGAUGCCAAAUGGAUAAGUUAUAAAGAAGGUAUUGUUCAUAAAUUAUUAAAACAAGUUAAUGAUCCAAUUCCAGAAGUUAGAACUUCUGUUAUAACUGCAUUUACAAAUUUUUUACCUGAUGAUCCAGAAGAAGAAGAAAUUAAAGAUGAAACUAAUGUUAUUAUGACUAUUUUAUCAUUAUCAAAUGAUGCAAGUCCGUUGGUUCGUAAAGAAAUUAUCAUAUUUAUAUCCAAGAUUGUUAAAAGACAUAUUAAUAAUUUUAUUGUUUGUGCAUUUUAUGAAUUAUAUAAUGAAAUUUCAAAUAUUUUAGAAUUAGAUUUAAACAAUAAUAAUGAAGAUCAUGAUAAACAGAUUGGUUAUGGCUCAAGUUAUCAUAUUAUUUGGAAAUCUUUGUUAGUAUUUGCAUGUGAUGGUCAUGAUCAAAAUAAAAUUUAUGCUGAAAAAAUUAUUGAUUAUAUAAUUAUAAAAUUAAAAGAAAGUCCACUUAGUGAUGCUGCAGAUGAAAUGGAAUUAUUAUUAUUACAAAGAAAUAAUACAACAUCAUUAAAUAAUUUAGAAUCAAAACAACAAUUUCAACAACAAAGAAUAUUACCAAAACCUAUUAAAUUGAAUGGGAAUUCUACAUCUUUAGAUUCAACAACAAAGCAAAGAUCUGUUUCUUCAAGAGUUGAAAGUACAAGAAUUAAUAAUGGCAAUUCUUCAAAUUUCCUUAAGAGAACAUUAUCAUUAUCAAAUAUUUGGAAAACCUUAGGCUGGAAUCAAGACGAUGAAUCAAUCAAUGGUAAUGAACAGUUGAAUAAAAAUGAAUCAUCAUUAUCAUCAUCAUCAUCACAUUUCUUAUCCACACCACAUGGUGUUUAUCCACAACCUAAAACUUUAAGAUUUAAUUCUAAAAAAUUCCAAGCUGAAGAAAGUUUAGAAUUACCAAUUUUAUCAAAAUUUUUCGAAUAUAGUAUGGAAUAUUUUCAAGAACCACAAAUGAGGAAAAGUGAAAUUGAUGAACCUGGUAGUUUAGAAUAUACUCAAAGAAUUUGGAGACGUAAUAGAAAUGAAUCUAUUAUAAAUGAAACUCAACCACAAAAAAAUUUAUCAUUAAGAGGUGAUUGGAAAACAAAUGUUGCAUUUUUAAAUAAUAAAACUCAACCAAGAAUAUUAAAAUUUUCUCAAUUUGAAAAUUAUUUAAUUAGUUCAGAUGAUCGUGAUAAUUUAACAGUUUUCGAUUGGGAAAAUAAAAUUCAAUUAUCAAAAUUUUCAAAUGGUAAUCCAUUUGGUACAAAAAUUACAGAUUUAAAAUUAUUAAAUGAAGAUGAUUUACCUUUAUUAUUAACAGGUUCAUCAGAUGGUAUUUUGAAAAUUUAUAAAGAUUUCCAUUCAACUGAUCAAUCAAGAUUAGUUACAUCAUGGAGAGGUUUAACAGAUUUAUUAUUAACACCAAGAUCCACGGGGCUUUUAACAGAAUGGCAACAAAGUAGAGGUUCAUUACUAGUAACUGGUGAUGUUAAAGUUAUUAGAAUUUGGGAUGCACCAAGAGAAUUAUGUGUUGUUGAUAUUCCAGCACGUUCAUCAAGUUCAAUCACAUCAAUAACUUCAGAUCAAGUUGCAGGUGAUAUAUUUGUUAGUGGGUUUGGAGAUGGUUCAAUAAGAGUUUAUGAUCGUAGAUUAGAUCCAAGAGAUUCAAUGGUUAAAUUAUGGAAAAAUAAUGUUGGUAAUUCCAAGAAUUCUUCAGAUUUAAAUAGAUCAUGGAUAACAAAUGUUUCAAUGCAAAGAGGAGGAUAUAGAGAAUUAGUUAGUGGAUCAUCAAAUUCAAUUAUCAACUUGUGGGAUAUUAGAUUAAAUGAACCAGUAUUAACUUUUAAAUCACAUGAAAAAACAAUGACAAAUUUACAAAUUCAUGAACAUGCACCAAUUAUUGCAUCAGGUUCAAGAAUGAUUAAAAUUUGGACUACAAAUGGAGAUUUAAUUUCAAAUAUUAAAAAUCCAAAUGGUGGAUUUAAUACAUUACAAAAUAGAACACCAUAUAUUUCUUCAUUAUCAUUACAUCCUCAUAGAAUGAUGUUUGCAGCUAACAAUACACAUGAUCCUUAUAUUAGUGUUUAUAAAUGCACAGAAACCAUGCAAGAUUGA